AAUUUGGAAGUUUUCCAGACCAAUGGUGUGAAGGCCUAAUAACACCCAUCUUUAAAUCUGGAGAUAAGAAUGACACCAAUAACUACAGAGGAAUUUGUGUCACCAGUUGUCUGAGCAAAUUCUUCUGCAUAAUUCUUAAUGAACGCCUAAAUGGCUAUGCUCAAGAAAAUGACCUGGUCCACCCAUCUCAAAUUGGAUUUCAAUCUGGUCACAGAACUGCUGACCAUAUCUUCACUUUAAAAACACUUUUUGAUAAACACAUGAGCACAAACAGAAACGACAAAGUUUAUGCGUGUUUUGUGGAUUUUAAAAAAGCGUUCGACUCA